CUCUGGCCUCUAUGGCGCAUGCGCAGAUCAUCGUGUGUCAGUGUUCUUACCAUAGAUUGUAUAUAACGUUGUUUACGUGAUGUUUUAGUUUUGUCGCUAAAUUGUUAAAUUUAAUCGUUAAACGCUGACGGACUCUGCAGCGAUGACGGAAGAAGAAAAACAGAACAACAGCAACAAGGGUUUCCGUCUGCCGGGGUUUCAGAGCAUCCAGAACACUCCGUGUGCCAGAGACGCCAUCCUGCACGGGGCCGGAGGCUCGCUGGCCGCUGGCCUGCUCCACUUUCUGGUCACCAGUCGAGUGAAGAGGUCUUUUGACGUCGGAUUUGCAGGAUUCAUGUUCACCACACUUGGCUCCUGGUUUUACUGCAGGAUCAACAACGCAAAGCUUCGCGUGCAGCAGAGGAUGAUCCAGGACGGCAUGAAGAACAAGAUUUUGUACGAGGGAUCUGUUCCCGACCCCGUAACACAUCCCAGAGCAGAAACGCCAUCAAGUCCUUCGUGAUGACUGGCACUGAAAUUCUUCCCCGUCGUCUGCAAGAGCUUUGAAAAAGAGAGGAAACAGCCGCAACGGCCCUCAUCACCAAAUCAUCUGGAAUCUCCUCGUCUUUCCAAGUUUACGUCUUCAUCUUCUGCAUGUACGGCCUCCUCUUCUUCAUCCUGAGAUAUUUGUGUUCUUCCACUUUCACCUCCGUCACGUGUUAGAAACCUCAUCAACACGUCCACUCACUUUUUUUCCCUGGACAUUUUACAAGGAGGCUGCAGGAAAAGUUCUAGAAAAUGUCUUCAGCCACUGACUCGGACAUUUAUGUUCCCACAUAGAACAUUUCAGGAACAUUUCAGUUGAGUGCAGGUCUGAAAACAAACUCUGUGGUGUGUCAGCGAUUUCUUCUUCCUGUGUGAAGCUCCCUUCACUAAAUCGUGUAAAGAAGUGAAAAAAAAGAGCAACCGUUGUGUUAUCAGUCUGUGAUGUUGCUGUAUUUCAUAACUGCUGUGACUUGUGGUCUGACUCAGUUUACCACUGCUAUGUUGUGGCUCUUCUAAACCAUCUAAGCUGUGUCACUCAUAAGUCAUAAAAAGGACGGGGACACAGCAGCAACGCGUCAACAUGCUUCAUCUGAGAUAUUAUUGUCUUUACUGCAAACCCUUUGAAAUACAUUGUCUUGUAUGUAAACGACAAACAAACUGCUCGUAUUUAUUUUUCUCUUCUGGAAAAACUGAAUCUCUGCAGUUUUCUCUCUGUAUUUAAGAAUCAAAAUCAGUGAAUCCUCACAACAAACUUCAUCUGUUUCAUUUCUCAAACCUCUCAAACCUCUAACCCUUAAUGUUGCUGAUUUAAACCUUGAUUUUUUUUAUUAUUCAUAUGUUAAACUUGAAGUAAAAGUAGAAAAUAAACUGCACUGAUGUAAA